CUAUACAAAACCGGUCACAAUAGGUCCCUCGGUGGUUUUGGUCCCGGUUUUAUCCUACGUGACUGUUGAGUCAGCGUGAGACCCACGUGGGACCCACAUGUCAGCCUGUCCAGGUCAGCUUCUCUUUCUUUCCCCUCUUCUCUCCCUUCCUCUUCCAGUCUUCCCUCUCUCUCACUCUUCUCUCUAGGGCUCUGGGCAGGCCGGCGGACCGACGAGGCGAGGCGGGAGAGGAGGUCCGGCGGCCGGUGGCGGCGGCGGAGACGACGCGGGAGCAGGGGAGCAAGUCGGCGACGGCGGCGAGAUGCCCAUGGCGAGGUACUGGAGGCGGAGCUCCGUCGGGACGGGGAGCGGGACGAUGGCGGCGGACGGCGGGCACGGAUCGCGUCGCCCGCCCGUGGCGACGCCAGCGCCGGCAUCGCCCGCCCGCACGCGAUCUCCCCCACCGCCGAUCUAAUGAUCAGCACUAUGCACUACAUGGCAACCAUUGGUGGUAGUGUGGUACUAGUCGUGGCUAACUAACUGGAGGAUUUCCUCAUCAUUCCUGUAAGUAAACAGCAGCAGUCAAUUCACAACAAUGGCAUCUCACCGUCACCUUGAACACAUAACAGGUGCUGAAGGGUUUGGUAGUGACGAUGGGGUCAUGCAGUGUUGUUGCCACUGCCCACUGGUGAAGGCUUUCACCAUCGAUUGCUGCGGCAUUUGCUUCAAGAGAUUCCUCAACGUCCAUAGAAUCGACUUCUGUCUCAUCAGACUCCAUUGGCACUUCAAAGAAUUCUCUCUUUUCUGAAUCUGAAGAAGACCAAUUAGAUGCCGUGGCAAUUUGUGGUGGCGUCCAAGGAACUAAAGCCAAGAAGUUGCUGCACCCAGGAGAUUUGUCCUCCAGCCCGUGAUAGUUCCUUUGCAUAAAAACCUGAUCUGAAAGAUGAGAAAGAAAAUGGUGAGAAGCAAUUUCAAGGUAUGGAUGAUAAUCCUGUCCUGACAUACAGGAGAUCUUGGUGGGACUCGAUGAGGAGGAGGGCCGAGGGCACCAGCACGCAUUGCGGCGAGCCGCAUGGCGCCGGGCGGUAGGAGGCGGAGGCGGUCAGGUUGAACGGCGACGAGGCGGCGCGUCUGGCCGCUGACAGGGGAGAAGCGCAAUGGUGGCGCUCUGCCCCUCGCUGUCACCUCCCCGGUCCCAUCUUUGGCCGCCGUGGAGCCCCACUGCGGCCGCCACCGCCGCCGCCGUCGCCGGCCAUCGUCACGGCGCCGCCCUCCUCCUCUUCCGCCUUGCCCCACCGAGCUCCGGGCCGGCCGCCACCCUUCAUCGCCAGAGUCACGACCACCAUCGCCUCGCCAGUUCGCCGCGCCGAGCAACAGGAAGAGAGGCAAGAAAAGAGGGGAACAGAGAAGAUGACGUGUCAUACUGACAUUUGGGGCCCACGUGGGUCCCACGCUGACUCAGCAGCCACGUAGGAUAAAACCGGGAUUAAAGCCAUCGAGGGACCUAUUGUGACCGAUUUUGUAUAGUUAAGGGACCUCGUAUAUUGGUUUUGCGAUUUGAGGAUGUUUUUUUAUCCCGAUGACAAAUUGAGGUACCUUCGGUGCACUUUUUCCGCGCAACAAUGGGGACCAUUACCGCGGACCGGCCCAAGUUGGCCCAAGUGCACUAGCCCAGCCACGAGUCAAUCGGUGUCACUGAACAGCGGGCCCCAGGGAGAACGGCGCGUUCUGGGCCCCACCCUGCAGCGACUCCGGCUCGCUCGAGCGAGACAGCAGCCAAACCCUCCACUCCUCGCUUCUCCGGUGGUUCUCUUCUCUUCUCUUAUCCCCCGGAGACGCCGCUGCGGCGCCACCCCCUCCUCGCCGUGGACCUCGGGGUGGGAGCGUGGCGGCCUGCACAGCCGGAGCUCAGCUCGCCCGCCGCGUCGGAUGGACGCCGCCUCCUGCUGCCGCGUCUUCUCGACGCAGAGAUGCCGCUUCCCGCUGCGGAGGCUGGCGCCGCCGAUUUCGCGGCGGCCGUUCGGCACGGAGUCGACGAGUGAGCUGUUCGCCGCGUCGACCUCGAAGCGGCGCUCCCGGGGGCCCGUCAUGGCGGCGAAGAAGGCCGCCGAGGGUGCUAAACAAGAAGAGGGGAAAUACAAACACACGGUGGAUCUACCAAAGACAACUUUUGGCUUGAGAGCUAAUUCUGUUGUGCGGGAGCCGGAGCUCCAGAAGUUGUGGGAGGAGAACCAGGUGCUCAAGAGGGUAUCAGAAAGGAACACUGGGGCUACAUUUGUUCUCCAUGAUGGUCCUCCUUAUGCUAAUGGUGAUCUUCAUAUGGGCCAUGCACUGAAUAAAAUCCUCAAAGAUAUUAUAAACCGUUACAAGCUGCUUCAGAAUCACAAAGUUUCUUUUAUUCCUGGAUGGGAUUGCCAUGGCCUUCCAAUCGAAUUAAAAGUUCUAAAGUCACUGGACAAGGAAACAUUGAAUGCUCUGACACCUAUAAAAUUAAGGCAGAAGGCUGCAAAAUUUGCUAAAGCGACGGUUACUACACAAAUGAAUUCUUUCAAGCGGUUUGGUGUAUGGGCAGAUUGGGACAACCCUUAUCUAACUCUGUCACCAGAGUAUGAAGCUGCUCAGCUAGAAGUUUUCGGCCAAAUGGUUAUGAAAGGAUAUAUCUACCGCGGGCGAAAACCUGUUCAUUGGAGUCCGUCAUCACGUACAGCUUUAGCAGAAGCUGAGUUGGAGUAUUCAGAAAAUCAUAUUUCCAAAAGCAUGUAUGCUGCAUUCAAGAUCACCAAUCUGUCUAAGCCUGGGUUGCUGGAGGAAUUUCUCCCUAAUUUAUGCCUAGCCAUAUGGACCACUACUCCAUGGACGAUUCCUGCUAAUGCUGCUGUUGCUGUGAACCCUGAGCUCACUUAUGUAGUAGUUGAGCUGCAAUCUGUACUAGAAAGUGAAUCAACAUCUGGUGGAAAUCAACGAAAGCUUGGGAGUAUUUUGAGCCCUGGGAGUCAGAAACCAUUUAUCAUCGUGGCUGCUGAUCUUGUCUCAGCUCUAGAGUCCAAGUGGGGUACAAAGCUUAUAAUCCAGAAAUCAUUUCCUGGGUCAGCCUUGGAGCACUGCAGGUAUAUUCAUCCUGUGAAUGGCAAUGAAUGUUCUGUUGUUCUUGGAGGAGAUUACAUAACAACUGAAUCUGGCACUGGCCUUGUUCAUACUGCCCCUGGCCAUGGUCAGGAAGACUACAUAACAGGUUUGAAAUAUGGGCUUCCUAUUGUGUCUCCUGUGGAUGAUGAAGGAAACUUCACUGCUGAAGCUGGACAAUUCAGUGGUUUAUCUGUUCUGGGAGCUGGUAAUGCCGCGGUUGUGAAUUAUCUGGAUGAACAGUGUUCUCUCAUUUUAGAGGAGCCUUACAAACACAAGUACCCCUAUGACUGGCGGUCUAAAGAACCAACAAUAUUCCGAGCAACUGAACAAUGGUUUGCCUCGGUGGAUGGUUUCCGUAAUGCUGCAAUGGAUGCAAUUAGGCGAGUAUCUUGGAUUCCUUCUCAGGCUGAAAAUAGGAUUGUGGCCAUGACUUCAAGCCGUUCUGACUGGUGUAUUUCGCGGCAGAGAACUUGGGGGGUUCCUAUUCCGGUCUUCUAUCAUGUAGACUCGAAUGAACCUCUUAUAACUGAAGAAACUAUUGAACACAUCAAGGGUAUAGUGUCAAAGAAAGGGAGUGAUGCCUGGUGGUAUAUGACAAUUGAGGAACUUCUUCCUGAAAAAUAUCGUGAUAAAGCAUCUGAGUAUCGCAAGGGAACUGAUACAAUGGACGUUUGGUUUGACUCUGGCUCCUCAUGGGCUGCUGUUUUGGCACAAAGAGAUGGCCUUAAUUUUCCAGCGGAUAUAUACCUUGAAGGUUCAGACCAACACCGUGGAUGGUUUCAGAGCUCAUUGUUAACCAGCAUUGCUACUACAGGAAAGGCUCCAUAUUCUAGUGUUAUAACCCAUGGUUUUGUACUGGACGAAAAGGGUUUCAAGAUGAGCAAAUCUCUUGGUAAUGUGGUUGAUCCUGAGAAAGUAAUUGUUGGUGGUAAAAAUUCAAAGCAAGAACCUGGCUAUGGAGCAGACGUUCUUCGGCUAUGGGUUUCUAGUGUUGAUUACACUGGAGAUGUGUUGGUUGGUCCACAAAUUUUGCGCCAAAUGUCUGACAUGUACCGAAAGCUACGAGGCACAAUGCGAUUCCUAUUGUCGAAUCUCCAUGAUUGGAAACCAGAAAAUUCUGUGCGCUACAGUGAUCUACCGAAAAUUGACAAGUAUGCACUUUUCCAACUGGAAAAUGUUGUGACUUCCAUGAAGGAUAGCUACGAGAACUACCAAUUCUAUAAAAUAUACCAGAUCCUCCAAAGAUUUGCUAUUGUUGAUCUCUCCAAUUUCUAUUUGGAUGUUGCAAAGGAUCGACUCUAUGUUGGUGGCCGAGUUAGCUUUACAAGGAAAAGCUGUCAGACAGUCCUCAGUGCGCAUCUGCUCUAUCUUGUUAGAGCCAUUGCCCCCAUUAUGCCACAUCUAGCUGAGGAUGUAUGGCAGAACCUACCGUUUCAACACACACUGGAUGAUGGAUCUGUUGCUGAGUUUGUUUUUAAUCUAAAAUGGCCAGUUAAGAAUGAAGAAUGGCUCUCGGUUCCAAAGGAUGAUGUUGAUUUUCUGAGUGUUAUCCUCGAGUUGAGAUCAGAGGUGAACAAAAUUUUGGAGAGUGCUCGAACAGGAAAGCUGAUAGGCUCUAGCUUAGAGGCAAAAGUUUAUCUCCACGCGGAAAAUGCUAACACAGUGUCCAAACUAAAGGAGCUGGUUUCGGCAACCAAUGACGCUGAUGCUCUGCACCGCCUGUUUAUCACAUCUGAGGUGGAGAUCCUUCCUUCCGUAAGCUCCGAAACUACAUCUGGUGUAUCCUACACUGGAACUUUUAGCAGUGAGCGCACCGGCAACAUCUGGAUUGGUGUGACUCGCGCCGAUGGCGAAAAAUGUGAGAGGUGCUGGAAUUAUACCCGAGACGUUGGAUCUUUCCUUGACCAUCCUACUCUUUGUGCCCGGUGCCACGGUGUCAUUGAUCUGCCACCAGUUCCUGCUGCCGCGGCUGUCAGCUGAGGCUGCUCGAGAGUGACAAGGACCACUAUCAGCUUCAUUUGAAGAUUAUAGGUGGAAUUAAUUGUUUUUGUUCUACAAUUUUGUUCCCCUCUGACCGAUGAUGCUAGAGGAAGGGGAAACUUGAAGAGGGUUUCGGAAACUUAGUUUCUAACUUCAUUUGUUGCGUACAAUAAGUUGUACCUUGAUUUUUGACCAUUGCUUGGCUUCCUGGAGCUGUAAUUGUAUAUUUGUAUUGCAGAACUCACACGGAUUAAAGAUGGAAACAGUUUUGCACACGAA